AUGGCUACUGAGGUAAGUCGCUGUCCUGAUCCUGCUGCACAAUUUCCCCCUCUUCUGAAAGGAUCUCAUGUCCUUUUCCUACUCGGCCUGUUCCCGCCAAAGCCCACAACCCCUCAGUCGAAGCCCAACAUGACCGGCACCAACAUCACGAGUUUCCUCGAUAAGUCCCAGUUCAUGGCCUCUAGAGUCUGGUCAUGCACCCCACGAUGCUCGUUUGGAUCUCUCCGUGAAAGGUUUGUCCAGAUGCACCCCCUAGCUGCUUCUCUUACAACUGCAUCGGCGCUCGGCAUCUUGUCUAGCUCCAAGACCUUCCUCGCCCGCCUCUGCGAGCAGGCUGAGCGCUACGAUGAGAUGGUCACCUAUAUGAAGGAGGUGGCCAAGCUGGGCGGAGAGCUCACUGUCGACGAGCGUAACCUUCUCAGCGUUGCCUACAAGAACGUUGUCGGUACUCGACGUGCCUCGUGGCGCAUCAUUUCCUCGAUCGAGCAGAAGGAGGAAUCUAAGGGAUCCGACAAGCACGUUUCCACCAUCAAGGACUACCGCAACAAGAUCGAGACCGAGCUUGAGAAGGUCUGCCAGGAUGUCCUCGACGUUUUGGACGACUUCCUCAUCCCUAACGCUGCCACUGGCGAGUCCAAGGUCUUCUACCACAAGAUGAAGGGUGACUACCACCGUUACCUUGCUGAGUUCGCCUCUGGUGAGAAGCGCAAGGGUGCUGCCACCGCUGCCCACGAUGCUUACAAGAGCGCCACCGAUGUUGCUCAGACUGAGCUCACUCCUACUCACCCCAUCCGUCUGGGUCUUGCUCUCAACUUCUCCGUCUUCUACUACGAGAUCUUGAACUCCCCCGACCGUGCUUGCCACCUCGCGAAGCAGGCCUUCGACGAUGCUAUUGCCGAGCUCGACUCCCUGUCUGAGGAGUCUUACCGUGACAGCACCCUCAUCAUGCAGCUUCUCCGCGACAACCUUACCCUCUGGACUUCUUCCGACAGCGCUGAGGGCGAGGCUGCCGGUGCUGCUGAUGCUCCCAAGAAGGAGGAGGGCGAGGCUGCCAAGCCCGCCGAGGAGCCUGCUGAGGAGACUGCUCCUGCUCCUGCUUCCUAA